CCAGACAGAUUUCCUGUGGGCACACCGGCUACCACACCAAUCCAUCUCCCACCAGGGUGGCCACACCCUCACCUCCUCCAGCCAAUCAGAGCCCAAAUUCAGCCAGCCUGCAGAACCACCCAUGGGGAGGAACAGAGCUCCCCCUGGAGGAGGAAGAACCACACAGUGAGAGGCAGGAACAGCCUUCAGCGUCAGUGUCAGUUGUGAUGUCUGUAGCCCAGGAGGACGAUGAGGAAGAAUCAGUCAUCCAUUCAUCUCCACCUCUCCCUUCCAAACCCAAGACUUCUCCACCUCCUCUUCCUCCUGUGAGCCAGGAACCUCCUCCUGCUGCCCCCCUUGAAUCCUUCUCCUCCUCCCCCUCCUCAGAGGUGAGCAGCUCUUGUACCAGUGUGACUGUCCGGAGACGGAGACGCCAGCCAGACACAUCUCAGAGGGAGAGCUGCUGCUCACUCACGGCCAGAUGGCGGCAGUCAGAGUUCUGACAGAAGAAGGAGUCCUUCUGCCUAAUUUGAUGACCAGCCUGAACAGUUCCCUGCAUGGAGUCCAAGAUAUGGAUUAUGAUCCGCCCAGUGAAGGUCAGGUGAUCGGAGCUCCACGCCUUCCUGCUCAUCAUGAUCCCGUCCUGUCUCUGUUGGCCAGAAUGGAACACGGCCUUGUUAACCAAUUAAAAGCAGCCAGAGUAGGUGGUGCUAGAGGAUGUUUAAAAAAAGGACACAUGAUCACAGGGUCAGAGGCCGCUUCUGACGAGCGCAGCGGAGAUUGUGCUGACCGGACACUCACUCAUGGAUCAGCAGAGAUACACACAGCUCAGGACCACAGAGAUCUCACCACACACCACACUCUCGUCACCUGGACAAGUGCUCGCUGACCACAUGGGUAAAAACAUCACUCAGACAGUCAGCACACACAGACUGCACUUUUACAACAGUAAAUAAAUAAAUAAAACUUGACUCAGAAUUGAUUGACUUUGUUACGUCACUUGCCUUAAGCAAUAACAGUUAAGCCAGUGUGAUAUGUUAAAGGUUUCUAUGUGUGACGCAUGUAUUGCAAACAUAUAAACAUCAUUUCAAAUUUUUACAUUGUUAUUCCUGUCGCAAUUAAUCUCUUGUUUUGCCCAUCAACUCCUGCAGCCAUUUGGGUGGCCAAGUCCCCUUCCUGUAUGGCUUUGGCAGUGUUACUGGCCCUCUGUGGGUCGUCUCUAAUGGGGCAUAUCUCACACUACCCGUGUUAUUUGGACACAGGGAAUUAAGCUGUUUUUGCUUCAGAUUCUGUGUGAAAGAGCGAGCUGAGGCUGACACAGGGGAAGCCAGGCGGUCUGGAUACUUCAUCAGAAUUCAGGCUCAGGGAACCAGGCGGAAACGAAUCCCAUUCCCUCUCUGAGCAUCCUCCUCUUGAACAGUGUCCAAACACAACCGCAAAGACGCUGCGCUCUCCCUACUAAUGCUUAAUCGAUUAUUCCCUUCGCAAUGUGCGUCCUUCUGCUGAACUUAAAAAUUAAUCUAAAGUAGAGAUCGACUAAUAAAGUUUUUUUAUUUAAUGCUAGAAAACUUACGAUGCAGAACUGAUAUAUAGUUAUUUUAUUUGUGCUUUUA